AUGGUCGCUGGUGUCGUGCACAUUGUUACCGAUUUAAUGGUUAUUGCAUUGCCUCUGUCUCAUGUCUGGAAGCUGAAGUUGAACAUCUGCGCAAACAUGCCAUUCUUCAAAACAAUCAUCGCCGCUUUCGCUCCUGCUAUGGGAUCAUCUGCCGAUUGGAAGUAUGGAAAUUCAUCCGAAAGGACGUUUAACCGCCUUUGA